AUGGCAUCGUUGGUAGAGACCACUGCAGAAUUACUUGCAGGAGACGCAGAAAGAUUAAGAUAUAUCUCAUUCAGCGAAGCUAUGACGGCCGCCGAAGAAUUCGCCUCACCAUUAUACGAUCUGCACGAAGAGACCUGGCAGGAAUUAUACUUGCGUCCAUCGCCACCAGUAUCGCCAGAUUGCCUCAGUCCAGCAGGUUCCCCACCAGUCCCUGAAGAUGUUAUUGACGGAGCCCACCUGACAGAAGCUUUAUUGAGAGACAAUCACGAACUGGAUGACCCAACUACUGUGAUAUCGUCAACUCCAAACAACACGGAAUCCGACUGUGUUGAGCCUUCAGUUGUGUUCCCCAACCUCCGAAACAAUGUGUCGUUAAACACUAAGCCUCCACCCUCUAAAAAAAUUGCGUCCAAUGUAAGCUCGACAAGACCUUCUUCCUCAGAAUCAGAAGAAGAGAUUGAUGUUGUUACUGUUGAACAUCGCACUGAUAGCGGACAUCACAAAAUAGAAUUGCCUCCUAGACGUCACACUCAACCACCUCAAACUAUUACUCUUAAACCUACUCCCCCUACACAACUUAAGAAUGUCAAGAAAACUUCUGUAAACUCAUCCCGCAAUAGCUCUCCGGUCCAUUCUCCUGGAAAAGUAACGCAACGAAAGAAACGUCUUGCUAAACGACAUGGUAGGAUAGGUUCUCAAGACGGCACAGAAAGUGAUGAAGAAGCACGACGUGCAUCUCAUAAUGUUCUAGAAAGAAAACGCCGAAAUGAUUUAAAAAAUAGUUUUGAUGUUCUUCGCAUGGGAAUACCAGAACUAGAAGAGAAUGUUCGAGCACCAAAAGUAGUUAUAUUGCGAAAAGCUGUUGAAUAUAUUCAAACAUUACAAGCUAGUGAAAGAAAGGCUGAGACCGAAUUGAUACGUGAGCAGAAACGUUAUAACAAACUUCGUGAGAGAUUAGCUUAUUUGAGAAACCUACCGGCCACACUUUGA